AGACAGAGGAGGGCUGAGAGUCUGUACAGGGGCUUAGAUGUGAGGGGGACUGAGGGUCUGUACAAGGGCUGAAGUGUGAGACAGGAGGGCUGAGAGUCUGUACAGGGGUUGAGGUAAGAAUCUAUAGAGGAGCUGGAGUAUGAGACAGAGGGGGCUGAGAGUCUGCACAGUGACUGGGGUGUGGGACAGAGGAGGACUGAGAACCUGUACAGGACUGGGCUGUGAGAGAGAGGGGUAUGAGAGACUUGUGCAGGGUAUGAGGUGCGGGACAUAGGGGGCUGAAAGCCUGUGCAAGGGAUGGGAUGUGAGAGAGAUGGGGUUGAGAGUCUGCACAGGGACUUGCGUGGGAGACAGAUGGGACUGAGAUCUUGUACAGGGGCUUAGGUGUGGGACAGAGGGAGUUGACAGCCUGUACAAGGGAUGGGAUGUGAGGAAGAGGGGGCUAAGAUUCUGCACAGGGACAGAGCUGUGAGAUAUAGAGGACUGAGAUCUUGUACAGGGGCUUAGGUGUGAGACAGAGAAGGACUGAGAACCAGUAUAGGACUGAGGUGUGAGGGAGAGGGUCUGAGAAUCUGUACAAGGGCUGGGAUGUGAGACAGAGGGGGGCUGAGAGCUGGUACAUGGACUGGGUGUGAGGGGGCUGAUACAAUGAGCAAGCUGUAUUUGAGGGAGUGAGGAAUUGAUGAAGUACAGUCUGUGUGUUAGGGUGAUGGGUACAAGUCUGACCUGUUUAUACUAAUUGUAUAUUUAUUACUAUAUGUGAUGGGGUCACAGGAAGUCAGUCUGCAUUGUUGCCCCAAACAGGAUGUGAUAUAACUGGGAAAAAGUUUGCUAAAAAAUAUCAGCCGGAUUACAAGUUUUGAGUGCUAAAGGGAAAUUAACGUCCACAACAUUUUCACCGUUAUUUCACUCCCCUAAAUCGCUGCUAUUACAAGUUCAGAAAAAAAACAGGCUUGUGCGGGAGAUAUGGAUGCGUUGAGCUCCAUACCGCACCGAAAUCAAGCGCUGCUUUGACAUGCUCGUGCACGAUUUCCCCAUUAGACAUAAAUGGGGAGAACCGGCAAAAAAAAAGCCUAACACCUGCGAUCGCGGAGCGAAAAGCUCCGUAACGCAGCCCCAUUGAUGUCUAUGGGGAAAAAAAAAGUAAUAUUUAAACCUGACAUAAACCCAGAGUCUAAACACCCCUAAUUUGCUGCCCCUAACAUCGCCGCCACCUACAUUAGUUAUUAACACAGGUAUAUAAUAUUAUAGAGUUAUUCCCAUUGCCUCGCACACAAACACCUCCCUGGUGCAUUAUACACAGAUAAAUAUUAUUAGGUUUCCUAUGCCUCACACACACCCUCCUUCCAGUACCUUAUCCGAGUAGCAGCUAGAUCCACUGCAGCUAAGGACCCUUGAAGUGAACGCACAGAAGUCACGUGACUGUAGUGACAUCAUCAGUCAUUCAGCCGGGACUGGAUCUAGCUGCUACCAGGUGUCACAUUUAUAGCAUCUAACUCAGUCACUGACAAAGAACAAGAUGAAGAAAUACAGGAAGCAGAUAGCAGAGCAGUUCCUGAGUCAGGCCCUGGGCAUCAUCUGCCUGCUGACCGGAGAGGAAUACACCAUUGUGAAGAAGAGGCCCUCCCACAGCAGCGUUCAACAGCUGAGCGGAGAGGUGCCUAUAAAGUGUGAUGAUGUUGCUGUGUAUUUCUCUAUGGAGGAGUGGGAGUAUAUAGAGGGACACAAGGAGCUUUACAAGGACGUCAUGAUGGAGACUCACCAAGCACUAAGGACUAAGGAGAUCCCAGGAAAUGAGAGCUCAGAACUAACAGGUCACAGAGAUAAAAAUCUAUACACAGGAGCACAUAGAGUACAGAAUAUUCAGCCAGUGGAGACCCCAUCAGACAUCUCUGCAGAACUAACAGGUCGCAGUGAUGAAAAUCUACACACAGGAGCACAUGGAGACCUUGUACAGAAUAUUCAGCCAUCUGAUGUCUCUGCAGGUGAGUGA